GCGUGAUGAGGUAUCAGAGCUCCAGAGCGGCCAGGCGCACGCCACGUCAUAUGAGCCUCUUUGCAAAGUUUCACGGGUCAAAGAUUGAGCAGCUCAACCAUUAUGAAGAUGCUGCUGCUGCAUGGCGGCCACGCUGGUCUUCAGACUGCACGACGGAGGGCCUGAGCUGCUGCGACAGGUCCUCCUGGAGCAAGGGUGGGAGGAACACCACGGCGGGCGACGGGGGCAGGAAGACUGGAACCUCUACUGGCGGGGCUCCGACUUUCCCAUUUCGGAAUAUAGGAAACUGAUGCCGUGGCAGCGCCUCAACCACCAUCCCCAAUCUGUUGGCGUCACGCGAAAGGACCAGCUGGAGCGUAACCUGAGGAGAAUGAAAGCGACCUUUGGAUCGUCGCUCUAUGAUUUCAGCCCGACCGCCUUCAUUCUUCCCAACGACUUCACUCGCUUCCUGGCCGAGUACCACAAGCCGCGUCUACAAGGAAGGGCGCCGCCCUUCUGGAUCUGUAAGCCGGUGGGCCUCUCCAGAGGCAGGGGGAUCUUCAUCUUCGAGAAGGUGCGGGACCUCCUGUACGACUGCGCCGUGAUCGUGCAGAAGUACAUCAGCGAGCCGCUGCUGAUCUCGGGCUACAAGUUUGACUUGCGGAUCUACGUGUGCGUGAAGAGCUUCCACCCUCUCAUCGUGUACAUCCACCAGGAGGGGCUGGUGCGCUUUGCCACGGAGAAGUACACGCUGUCCUCCCUGGAGAACCCCUACGUCCACCUCACCAACGCCAGCAUCAACAAGCUGGGACCUUUCUACCACGCUGCCAAGGGGGGCGUGGGCCGAGGCUGCAAGUGGACCCUGAGUAAGUUCCGCCACUUCCUCCACAGCCAAAACAUCAACGAGCUUCUCCUCUGGCAGAAGAUCAGCAACAUCGUCACCCUCACCCUGCUCACCAUCGCCCCCUCCGGCCCCGCCUGCCACAACUGCGUGGAGCUGCUGGGCUUUGACAUCCUGCUGGACGUCACCUUCAAACCCUGGCUGCUGGAGGUCAACCAAAACCCGGCGCUGAGCCUCGACUGCUCGGCCGACCUGGCUGUGAAGAAGAAAAUCAUCCAAGACCUCAUCGACCUGAUGAGUUACACCUGCACCGACCACCUGAGGGGAGGGGCCGACGGGAGACGAGGGUCCCUGCUCCCCAGGGUGUCCCCGCACAAGCUCCCGCAGAUUCAAACCCGGCCCAAGAAAAGCAUCCAGAACAAGAGCAGCUGUCACAGAUAUCAACGAAGCCUCCCCCCGGUCCACUUGGGCAGGACGUCCCGACUCGUUAGCGCCUGCUCGGCUAACGCUAGCCAAACCGACACGAGCGAGACCCUAAACCCGAUACUGGGCCUGCGCUCCUUGACCAUCAGGAGCUUGUCUGAGGUUCCGCACAGCCAAGAUGAGGACGAGCUCUCCGAGGUUCCGUCAACACUUCCUGAUACCUCAUGGCGGGGGCGGGGCUUAUGGUGCCCGGAUGCGGCCUGGCGACUCCCAGACAUCACACACAGGUACCAGCAAAUCUUCCUCUCAGCUCUAGACCAGACCAGGGGGUCCAAAGGGCCACGUGACUUACACAGCUAUUUAGAGCAUCAACCGGAAGUCCGUGUGGAGACAACCAAGCUAAGCGGCUGCCGUGACACAUUCAGGUUCCCAGCCAGCGUAGUAAUUUUGGGCGACGUUUGCAUCCAUGUCAACUUAAAGAACCAAAAACAGAACAGAUUCAAAGCUUUCCAAGGACACGGCCCUCCUCCACCGCUCCGAGUGGGAGACUUCAUUCGGACUUUCCCGUUUAACAUGGCCACCCUGAAGGCCUCGCACCGCCAGCUGGACCUGAAGGCGGUGAUGAGGGAAAUCCGCAAGCUGACCCGUCAGCUGGAUGCCGGUCAGUCGGCCACGAAGGGACCCGACGUCGGCGACAAACAGGAGGACUUGGAUUCGCUCCUCUGGGGGCCAAAAGACCCCCCGCUGCUGCGGCACUGCUUCAAGACCUGACUGGAUGGGCUGGCAACUCGACAUGUGACGUUCACAAAUGACUCGGUAAUAACGGUACUAUCUCCAUAGGGCGAUGGAUGAACCCUAAAAUAAAGCAUUUCAUAGCUUGUAUGUUGCUGCAUUCAGCUGGUUAGCCUGCAGCUGAGCCAUGACCCUCUGGAGGACAAGUGGUGUCCAACAUGGGUCGGCGUUCUGCAGCAUGUCCUAACCACAAGGCAAGCAGCGAUGGAGAUGCAAAAGGAGUGAUACUAUUGCAGUGCAACACGAGUGUAAACAGGAUCUUAGUUUGGCUGUCUGACAGUAAACAGUAAAGCUAUUUUACUCUUUCGUAAAACAAAUCAUCAUCUUGUGUCUCUCAACUAAAUCAGCGCUAUCAAGUAUCGAAGCUUUCCAUAAGCUAGAUGUUCAAGUUCUGGAGACAUUGCGU